GUUCGUCAGGCACUCGCAUGUUGUCUUUUUGCUUUCUUUCAUCCCCCAAAUUGCCCUCCAUGCUAUUCCACAGCGACAAACGCCCCCGCAGCGCCCUCACAGCAAUAUUCACAGAGUCAGGACACGCAGACAUCCUCCUCGGCAUAUUUAACAACCUCGCCAUACAACAUAUCCCCGCUCUUCUACGCGUUAACAAAUACGUAAACUCAGUAUUUACUUCUUCUUCCCAGCUCCAGCUUCGUUAUCGAAAGUCCUAUCAUUCCGUUUCCCCUCAUACCCAAUCGUCGGCCCCCAGCCGACUCACAAACUCUGCCGAAGAGCUCGGUCUUCUUAUUGAACAAGAAAAGCGCCUAUCCAAUCUCUGCCCGUCAGAGAUCAGGUGCUUACACUUUCCCAAUGCUGAAAUAGCUCAAGUUCAACUUAACCACAUCCUCGUAACAGAGCGCAUUAAUAGGGAGAUCGUAUUUCCAAAUGCCCCCGAUUCGAACUAUCUCUGGGAUGGAUGGUCUGUUUGGAGGAUCAGAAACGCCUACGAAUUUGAUGGAGAGUCAAGAGGUGGGAAGAAGGCGCAAGGUGUAUGGAAAUGGAAAAUGAACUUCGGUGCGCCAAUCGACAGUGCUACCAUGUGUGUAGAAGACAAUGUCGUGGCUGUCGCCUACGCUGUCAACCACCCACCAUGUGACGAAAUUUCCUACAACUCUACACUCAAGGUAGCCCAUCGAAUCUACUUUUACAGUCUCAUUCCGCCGGUCGGCACACCUCAACAAUCUGAUGGUAUCUUUCAACCACCGAUUCCCCACCCAGAGGCCAAGCUGCCAUAUGUUGAAGUUCUUGUCCCAGCAAAGCACCAUAUGCACCAUAUUGAGCUUCAACUGGGCCCAGGUGGUAAAGUUGGUUUACUUCUGGUUUCUGCAGACACGACAAGGCAAAAUUUUGUAGGCCUUUGGGACUGGAAAGCGGGUGUGUCUAUUGGUAAACUUUCUCCUACGCCCGACGUCCCUGUGUGCGAAGAUUUCCGCUUCUUGGGCCCCUUUAUUCUUUCUUCUGUUAUGAGGGACCUUGUCAAGAAGCCUGAAGACGAGCUGAUGGUGCUUCAUAACAGGGAAUUGGAUUCCUGUGCAUCCGGAGGUCGCCCAAGUUGUCUUUCGGCUUCCACCCCGCAGAGGCCCAAGCCUGCCAGUGUCUACGAUGAUAUUGAUUAUGAUUCUGAGGAGGACACCUUUCAGGGCGUUUCAGAGGCUGUUCCCCCGCCCUUGGAGACGGUGUACAGCAUCGACACACACGCUCCCUUACCCACAGAACGAGGUACUCGGCCGUUCAAGCGCAGCUAUAUAACACAUUUCGGCCCAGGCUCCGAAAUUGAUGAAGCAUAUACCUGGGACUGGGACGAAAUUCCGUUUUGCAUGCCUCUCGCUUCCCUUCAACUUCCUACUUUGAAUACAACCCCUUUGGGUGUUUACGAAACCCCUCUAGAUUCUAUCAUGGAUUCUUUACAUGUCGAUACUGACUUCCAUCCAGUUCGCCUCGCCUUUGACAGCUUCUCGGUUGAUCCUGCGCUCUUGCAGGGCGAGCGAUUGGGUGUUAUACCCUUUACCUUGUCUGGUGAUACCAGUGAUGGUCUUGGUGCGCCAAAUGUUGUCAGAUGUAAGGGCAUAAUCGACAUUACGACCCUUCUUGGAAAGACUAUCGAAGCGAUGCAAUGGCACAUGGCGAAAACAAAGGGUAUAGAUAUCAAACUGUUAGCUCUCGGUGCGAAGCUCAACAAAAAGACAUGGAGAGAUCAGUUAAUAGAGGCAUUUGAGCUGUUCCUUCGUUCUGGGCAGGAUGAUGGGUGGGAAACUGAGGAAGAUGAGCCGAGCCGGUACAAGUCCAAAAAGAGCAGAUCAAAGAGAAUCAGCAAAAGAGCUACAAUUAUAUCUCCGAAACAAACCAAAUCCACUUACAAGUGGGAAAAUCCACAUGUUGUUCCCUGGAAAUCUUGGGAUUCCGGGGUCAGCAUACGUUUCAACCAUCGCAAUAUCGUAACGGCUUGGGGUACACGAGCGGUCAUGGUUGAGCCUGUGCCAGAUGCAAAGCCCUUGGUGAGGAAGAAGGAUGGGCAGCUCAUGAGGCAAUACUGGAUGACCUUGCGGGAUUACUCUCGACACACUUUCCAUGAUCAUCCUGGACGUCCACGUCAAGUCUUGGGAGGUCUUCAACAUCCAUAUUUAUCUCUCGACAAAGCUUCAUUAUCCACUGCCUCUUCAUCCACAUCACCUUCUCCCCCUGAAAGCGGUGCCAAACGUGAGAAACCGCGCGUCAUCAAAUGUCCGCUAGUGAACCCUGUCCCUGUCGCCCAGAUGGACAACAAUUUGAUUGAACACAGUACCUCGGAGAUUCAGGAUAAAAGACUUUGGACGAAGCGCAUAUUUUAUGAUGAGCUCUUGCAGUCGAAAUUGAUGUAUAAGGAAGUCAGAGCAAAGAUCUUGUUGGAUCAAAAGAGGCCAUAUCGCUCGUCUGCUUUCGAUGGCAAGAUGGUCGUUAUCGGUGUGGAAUCCGGCGCUCAUAUAUUUACAUUCUGAGGAGAGUUCGGAAGGGCAAGCCAUUUGUCAGAGUCUGAUGUGCAUGAUGGCGGCUUGAGUGUGUUGCUUGCAAUGCAAUUAAGAAAAGAAUAAUGGAGUUUUUACAUCUUUCCAUGCAUGGCUG